AUGGAAGUCGUGGCUUGGAUAGCUGUGUGUAUUUUUUCAUGUAAACUUGAAGGUGGUUUUGUACGCGAUUGGGUUGUCGGCAACUAUACGGCACGACCACAAAACCUUCUAGGAAAUCCGAAAGCAUGGAUUUCAUAUACUAACUCGAUACCAUAUAUCGACAAAGAAGUUGUUCCGGCUGAUUUAGAUUGUCAUUUGCCUACACACGCUUACUUUGAUAUUGAAAAAUUUCAUGAUGAAUUAUAUAAGUACGAUAUCACAUGUAAAGUUUUUCGACAAGAUUGGCGCUAUGUAUUGCUGAUAGAUGAAGAUGCUCCAACGGGUCCAUUUACAAUGGACUUGAUUGAGCCGCAUGUCGCAUUAACUCAUGAUCGUAUUGAUUUCGAUGUGAAUAAUUUGUCAUUAGAAAAAGAUUACACACACGAAUUAGGUAUGCGGGUCGAUAUUCAGCAACAACCGUAUUUGAUUGAGCUUGAAGCGAUUGUCGAUAAUAUUAAAAACAAACGCUUUCAGAUACUUCGUCCAAUCGAUAAUCUUGUUCAAAUACGCGUUGACAAGAUGACAAAGAUUCGACAAUGGACACAACUGGGACAACCGUUUUCAGUGGUGCCAAGUCCGAAUCCAAAAUAUUCUGCCGUUCUCGUACCAUUGCCACAAUCAACAAACUUGUAUCAAGAUAUAGAAACCGACAUGAAAAAAAAAAUUGGCAAUUCAGUUCAAAUUGUUUCCAUUGAACAAGUGAAAAAUCCUCUGCUAGAGGAUGCAUAUGAAUCUAUGAAAAAGUUAAUUGCUAAACAAUGUAAAAGUUUUAAUCCGAACGAACUGCCACUAUAUCAUGGUACCAAAGGACCUGGCAUCGAUGGUAUCAGAGAUGAUGGUUAUGACGAUCGUUAUUUCAAUGAAAACGGCAAUUGGGGUGAGUAA